AAGACGCCCUUGAAAAAGGAGGAGUUGGAGAAAAUCGCGCAGGAACUCAAGAAAAAGCUCUCCCGCGCGUCCGUGGCGGCCAAGCAGCUGCUCUCGGCCACGGCCACGGGCGCCGGCCGCUCCUUGCUGCCGGACUCGCCCGUUCUGCAGACGCUGCUCCCGAAACUGAGCCCCUUGAAGAACUACUACAUGUGGCGGCGCCAGAUCGCUGGCGCCACGGCCAAGAACGUGACGCUGCUGCCCGUGUUGUACUCGCCGGGCCGCCGGCUGCCCACGCUGACCAAGCCGUCGAUCUUCUUGUCCAGCUCGCCGUUGAAGAACUUCAACGCAGGCCUCUCUCCGGCAGAGCCCUCGCCCGCGGGCGCCCUGUCGCGCAAAGCGUCCAUGGACUCGGAGGCGCUCACCGAGCUCAACGACUCCCCGCCGCACAUGGUCUUGGAGGAGAUCCACGGGCCGCAGACGCCGCCCAAGCGCGAGGCCUUGCACCCGCUGCCCGUGUUGUCGUCCAACCCCCCGAGCGGGCGGCGCACGGGCCCGAAGCCGGCGCUGACCACCCCGACGUUGGCGAAAAAACCGCUCAGCACGGGCCCAAACGCGUUGCUCAAGACGCCCACGCAGGCGGCCCGCGGCGACGCGUACAACGACGACGAGGGCGCCGACUUGCUCAUGUACUUGGCCGCGUCGCCGUCGGUGCCCAAGUCCGGCGCGGCAAACACGCCGCGGGCGCCGCACAACGUGGCGUUUGCAGGCCACCCUGGCGCCUCGAAACCCCACAGCGGCAGCCUGUUCAUGGCGCCGCCGCUCACGCCGAAGCGGCCCUUGAUCUCGACGGCCAAGACCCCGCAGAACAGGCUCACGCCGUCCGUGUACGGCGGCUUGGCCGUGCCGGGGAGCACGCUCCCGUCCGCCGGGCUCGCGUUGACGCCCGCCGGCUUCAACAUGAACGACUACGUGAACUUUUUCACGCCGUCGCCGGGCACGGCCGCCGCGGCGCACGGCGGCUUGGCGGGCCGCACGCUUCUCAAGACGCCCGACUUCCAUGGCCAGGUGCAGAGCGCACACACCUCCGUAGACGGCAAGAUGAUCAACUUCGACAAGGCAGAGCUCUUU